AUGGACAUGUUUUGGUGCCUGCCGCUCGCCCUUCUCCUCCUCCUCCACCAAGCAACAUGCACUAACGACAGGGCAGAGGUGACCAGCGCCACGGGCAGGUCUGUCACCUUCUUCCUCAAGAACCUGGAUGGAGAAGCUGCAGCCUGGAGCUUUCACGACGAUGUCAUAGUGACUGUGAAAUUCGGCAAUCCUCCUGAAGCCAUUUUUUUGGAUCAAAAGUACAAGCCACGCUUGGCCUUCCCCAGGAACGGCAGUGCGCUCACCAUCUCCCAGCUGACGACAGAUGAUGCUGGUACCUACACAGCAAAGACCUUGGGGAUAAAAACCACCUUCACCCUACACGUAUACAGGGAACUGGCGGUGCCGACGGUGACCUGUACGAUGCAGAACUGCUCGGCCGACGGCUGCCUCUACACCCUGCGCUGUGCCACGUCGGGCUCCGGCUAUGGCAACGUCUCCUACAGCUGGAGCAUGGGGGACUUGCCAGGGAGAGAGGGGCCCACGGUGGUGGUGGAAGAGUCACUGCCGGGCGAGCCGCCGCUGCUGCUCACGUGCGUGGCACAAAACCCUGUCAGCAGCCGCAACACCAGCGUCGUCUUGCCCGCUGCCCUCUGUGCAGGCUGGAGGAUCUUCUCUUUGCCCGCAGCUGAGGUCAGGAACGUAGAGGCCGUAGCAGAUGAUUACGUGACGGUGUACGCCCGAGUCGGCCCUUCCCCGCAGCUGUGCCUGCAGAGCGUCUCUAAUGCACAGCAAGACACCACAAAGAGGACACCGAUCCCUGAUGUGGAGACCUCCAAAACCAUCUAUUUCACCAUCCAGUCUAUGGGCCAGACAGAUGAUGAGAAGAUGGGCAACGGUGCACUGGGGUGUCAGGAGCAGGAUGAGAAAACCAUCUACUCAUCGGUCCCUCUGGAUGCCAUCCCGUCGCUCAGGCGCGUCAGCCGCACCGCUCAGCUUCGCGUCAUCUGCAAACUUGCUGAGGGUGCACUCGAUCCCGCCGUCUGUGUCACUGAUGCAGACGUUAAUCAGUACUGGCCCCAGUACGGAUCCCUCGGGAACCUCUUUUAA